GGUAAUCGUCCAUUUAGUCCUGAAUUGUUUGGUUGAUAAAGUUUGUAAAUUCAUUCUUUUCUUCACUCACAAAUCGACAAGAAAGCUUGCAAGUUUCCGUUUGGUAUACAACUGUUCUUUAUUGUCCCCUUUUUUACUAUGUAUCAUUUCAUGAAUUGUUUUUGGUCAACAUGGGUAUGUCCAGGAAUUUAGCAAAUAAUUGCUUGCUGGUGAUCAGAAUAUGGGUUCGUCCGCGUCUAAGCCGCCGGAUAAAAACAUAAACAUUGCUGGUGAUCAGAACAUGGGAACGUCCGUGCCUAAGCCGGUUAAAAACAUAGUUCUAGUAGGGCGUUCUAUCAAUGGAAUAUGCACCACUGGGAACACCAUCCUCGGUCAAAAAAAGUUCACCUCCGAAGGUGCUUUCAUGCACUCUCAGAUGUAUAGUACCACGACACCAGAUGGUCAAAUGAUCAAUGUGAUUAAAACUCCUGGUAUGUUCGAUUUGUCUGUGUCCGAAGACUUCAUAAGUAAAGAAAUAAUCAAUUGCUUAACUUUGGUGGAAGAAGGCAUAGAUGCUGUGUUGUUUGUUCUAUCUGUAAGGAAUCGGAUCUCACAAGAGGAAGAGUAUGCACUUAAUACCCUGCAGCGCAUAUUUGGGAGUAAAAUCUUUGAAUAUAUGAUUUUAUUGCUCACUAACGGGGAAAAGUUCGAGGCGUUCGAGUUUGAAGAUUAUUUUCGGGAAUGUUGUCCUGAAUUUCUUAUGAAAGUUCUCAGAUUCUGCAAUGGCCGAAAGGUCUUGUUUAAUAACAUGACUAAUGAUGAAGGCGUGAAGGCUGAACAAGUCAAUCAGAUUAUGGCCCAUGUCGCAGCAAUUAGUAAGAAAAUAAAUCCGUAUACUAACGAUAUGUAUCGUCAUAUAAAGGUAAGAUUUUUUUUUCUAUAAUCAUAUUCAAUUAA